AUGAUGACCGCUAUAUACACCGAGGCCAAGGGUGUACUCAUUUGGCUGGGCCACGACAAGAAAGCAGAAGAAGCAUUACGUUCUCUCCCCUCGGAUGAAGACAUACUCGGUGGAGAAAACCCUCCUUGCAUUCAAAACGCUUUGCACCUCCUAUGGUUCAGUCGCCGCUGGGUAAUACAAGAGGCGGUAGUCAACCGGAAUACAGUCGUCUACUGCGGAGCAGUCUCGAAACACCUCUAUGAUGUUGGUCAGAACGCACUGCAACUUAUGCACUCCCAGUAUGCAAUAACACUUGGUCCAAAGCUUUUGAAACGAGCGGAGGGACUCGACGCCGUAUUCAACCUAUUCUUCUACAAGCAUGUCGCCACAUAUUCAUAUUACGAGAUGGAAUUCACCAGUCUCAUGCUUGCAUUCGACGAAUACGAGUGCCAGAACCCUCGAGACCGGAUUUUCACAUUGGCAACUCUAGCAAAAGACAUGGCCGUGAGAAACGUAACCGUGGAGUGGGUUCAUCAGGCUUUGGCUACCGAACAGUCGGGGGACCCCACGAAAGAUCUUCGGACUUGGCGCUCCCACGAGACGUAUGUUAACUAUGAGGCGACAACAGCUGACAUCUACAUUCUCUUCGCCUACUCCUUAGCCAUUAAUGGCAAACUAGGAUGGAUGCUUGGCCAAGCCUCUGCUAGACUGUCAGCUUCCACCGAAGGAUCUAUGUCCCAUCCAGAUUUAGAUUUGCUGCCUCGAUGGGUGCCGAACUGGACUGUCAAGUACCACCGCCACGCACUCUGGCUUGAAGGCAACGAUGUCCGCUGGGGACCCUGGGUCAACCUCGGUAGCGCAAUUGGACCACCUUUGGUUCAUUGCGCCCUUGCGAGAUUUCCUAUCUCACCAGGGUCAUUCGCCUAUCGAAUUCGUACCCGAUUAGGUCGGAUAUUUUUGAGUCAAACCACCGGCACUGCGGCGGAAGAUUCAUGUGAAUACGCAGAAGAAGACCGAACGUGUCCCUUUGUGGUCACUUGGAAAAGCGAAGCUUUCCCUUCCAAUCAGUCAACACCAGAGGACGUGGUUCAGUGGAUAAGACGGACUUUUCAGUCCAUCUGGGAGGUAGGACUCUCCGGCAUGGAUACCAAGCUCCGUGGAGAUGAUGUCAAAGAACGACUUGCCGAUCGGUUCUGUUACGUCCUCGUGGCUGGUGCAUAUAUGUACAGCGACAAGCGUCUUUCCAGCAAACUCAAGAGCGCCGCAGCAGAGCUAGCAGAAUUGGCACAGACGAUACAGACCAUGACAAAUUUCUCUCCUGAGCAAAGUCCCCGAAGAAUGCUCGACAUUCUCGUUCAUCCAAGUCAGUUUUGGGAUGAUGCCGAAAAGAUGAAUGAUGAACUGCUUGCACCAAUCAUCGUCAAACUUCUCAAGGAGGUCAUUUUCAACGAUCCAGAUAUCACUAUUCCAGGCUGGCAUCACGUCUUUCAAAUGGCUUCUCUUACAAUGGAGCAUCGCUGCGUUCUCACUUGCGACGUAGAUAAUCCGCCUGCGGAUGCUUUGCCAUUCGAUAUUGUCGGUAUUGGACCUGACCACCUCGAGCUUGGCGACCGAGUCUUUUCCCUUCCUCUCAGAAGAAAGCACUUCCGUGAUGGAGAACAAUUUGAGCACCCCAUUACGAAAGAAUUCUUUCAAGAUGUAGCGUAUGCGCCCUUGGCAUUCCAAAACGUCUGGGCAGCGACAUACCUCGCGCGCCCUAUGGGUGGAGUCCAUGUAGUCCACUCCCAACCUGUCGAAGACGGGGCUGAGGCGGAGCAUCCCAAGAUUUUCCAAUUUGUCGGAGAUUGCUUUCUUUCAACAGUGAGAUGGCUUUCGCCAAGUCGUGGACUUAUGCCUAAGGCCUGGCUGUCUUACGAGACGGAGGACAGCGACGAAGCUGCAUGUCAAAAGGAGUUCGGUGACCGAUAUUCAGAUUUUGAUGAGGAUGGUGAGAUAUAUCUUUGCUAA